UUCUCACUCUUUACUGUGUCCAAAGGAUGGAAAAUGCUACAGCAAUAUGAUACAACCCAUUGUUGACUGAUGAAGGAUGAAGCUGUACCUCAUCCUGGGAAGUGCAUGUCACAAACCAACUCCACCUUCACCUUCACCACCUGCCGCAUUCUGCACCCCUCCGAUGAACUCACACGAGUCACGCCAAGCCUUAACGCAGCACCUACUCCAGCUUGUGGCAGCAUUAGCAAUUUGAAAGGCACCCCAGUGGCUACUCCCUGCACUCCUCGGCGUCUGAGUUUGGCCGAAUCCUUCACCAACCUCCGGGAAUCCACAACAACGAUGAGCACGUCCCUGGGGCUGGUGUGGCUGCUGAAGGAAAGGGGCAUCUCGGCAGCAGUGUACAAUCCACAGAGCUGGGACAGAGCCAGCAGGAGCACCCUGCUGAACAAGUACUCCCCGAAAAUGGCAAUCAUUCCUUCCACUCCACCAAACUCACCCAUGCAGACACCUUCUUCUUCCCCUCCAUCUUUUGAGUUCAAGUGCACCAGCCCACCUUACGACAACUUCUUGGCUUCAAAGCCUGCUAGUUCAAUCUUGAAGGAGGUGAGGAAUAAAAAGAACAUCAGAAACAGUGAGAGCCAAACUGACGUGUCUGUUUCCAACCUUAAUCUCGUGGACAAAGUCAGAAGGUUUGGUAUUGCCAAAGUUGUGAGUUCUGGGCAAACAUCAGCUCCUCCUUUAACUGAUGACCAGGGACCUCUUCUCUGUGGGGCACAGGGACCAGUGAGAGCCCUUGUUCCUGGAGGCCUGGCACCUGACAGUCUCCCCUUGGGCUGCCCUGCUGUGACCAGUGCCAUCGGGGGCAUCCAGCUGAACACUGGCAUCCGAAGGAAUCGGAGCUUCCCCACCAUGGUGGGUUCCAGCAUGCAGAUGAAAGGCCCAACAUCCCUCACUUCGGGGAUCCUCAUGGGAACCAAGCUCCCGAAGCAAACUAGCUUACGAUGAAGGACUUUAUUUUUACAGCUAGUCUUUUUAAUUGAAAAUACUCAGAUUUUUUCUCCAAUCUCCUUUUCCUUUCCCCACCACCCCUUCAUUGCCUCUUGAGUUUGACAAAUCAACUUUGUGCCUAACAGGAGAAAUGUGUAAACUUUGUAUAAAAUGUGUAAAUAUGUACCAGAUCUAUUGUAACUAAUUGGAUUAUUUUACUGCUCAAUCAAGUGCAAAAGGCUCUAUGUUAUGAUUGCUGUAUUAAGGUUAAAAAACUAAUUAAGGUAAAAACCUUUUGAAAAGGUUUGGAUUUUUUUAAGAUGCACUGAAAAAGAACAAAAGAGAAAAACAAACAAAAAAUGACUAGAAAAACAUGAAUUCUGUAGCUAGCCUAACUUGAGUCAAAGGUGCAUGGGAAGCUAUUGAAUGUGUUAUGUGAGACUUCUUAUUACAUCACUUGAAGCAUGGGAGCAUUUGUGCUUCGUUAAAUACUGAAAAAAGCACUCAGUUUAACAUGUGGUAGUUUUGAUUUUGCCUCUGUGUAUGAGUUCAGCUGAGUUAUUGGAGUGCCUGGCUAUUAUGCCUGAAUGGAUGAAACCUUAUUUUCUUUUUUCCUGUUCUGUAUUUGCCUCCUCCCCAAGACUGUAAACUUGAACUAAUACUGUGUUGAAAUCAGCAGGCCUACUGGCUACCUGGGGUAUUGACAUAUUCCUACCACCGCUGUUUCCUUUGGCACACCUACACACUUUGUGCAACUUCUUUCUUUGUUGUUUUUUUGUUUGGUUUUGUUUUGUUCUUCAAUGCUGCACUGGAUUGUGGAAGGGAAAAUGCUUUAUUAUGUGUUGCUGCCACUGAAACAUGCUUUGUCAGUGCGCCCAAAGAAAACAGUUUUCACAACUUGUGAGGUAAACAUGGCAGUGACUUCCUAGAAGUCCAAGUUGCAGAACAGAUUGACAGAUAAGAAUGUUAUGAAAGAACAUGUAGCAAAACCAGUAUUAGGAAAAGGUGAGUCCUUGAAACCUCAGCAGAGAACCACAGAAAACAUUUAGUAAUGGAAUGGUACAGAUGGAAAGAACAGCUUGCAGCCCUAGUGCUGAUCUUAGUGUUUCAUGCAUGCCAGAGACAGUGGCCUUUUAAGCAGGGUGAGAAUAUUCUCCACCCAUUUUCUGUUUUCUUUUUUCAGAGAAACCUUUUUCAUCCAAAGUCGGACCCUAGCAUAGGUGAAAAUAUGGGAAAUGCUUCAUUUUCACAGUGUUUUUAAAAUUAGGGAAAUACCUGCCAUACAAAUAUAUAACCCCCUGCUUUUUCAGAAAGGAAACAUAAGACCUCACGCAACCUCUAGUUGCCAGGCAAUCCUAAUUAUAUUGCAAUUUUUUCUCUGUUUCUCCCAGCCUUCUGCAGGGUGCUUGUAGAAAGAGUUGAAAUACCUUGGAACUGGAGCAGACUGGAGGGAGCUUGUUUCUAGAGCGGAGCUGAGACAUAAAUAUUUUUUGGAAGAGGGGAUGGAGAGGAGCAAAACAGGGAGGGUUUAGCAUCCACUUUCUUUUCCUUGCACUUUUUGUGGCAUCUAAAAUCAAGCUCCCCGUUUGUUACCAUUGUUGCACUACAUGUAAUUGCUGUAAAUUGCCAUUUGUACCAGACUGUUACUAAAUUAUUAGCACUGAUAAUUUCUUGUAUAAAUGAAACUGUCUUUUAGUCUUUGUGACGAGAGAUAGGUGGGUGGUUUGUUUUUUUCUGAAUGAAGUAGUCAUUGCAGUAGUUCUAUGAACACUAAGGAUAUUUUUUGAGAAAGAAAAAGAAAAUACAUUGGUCAGUUACAGCAUGUGUUUGAAGACUUCUAUUUAUUCUAUGAACUUACAAUGUUUUAGUAAAAUGCCAUCAGCUCUGUUUGCUGUUGUAUGUGUGCACUUAUUGCAAGUACAUUUAAGUAUCUUCUUAUUUGAAUGUAUCUUAAACCAAUAGAUAGAAUAACAGUUGAUUCUGAAAAAAUGUCAUGGACUUAAUGGACCAUUUUAUAUUCCCAGAGGAAGAAAGCAAUACCAUAAGAGAACUUAAAGUGUAGAAGUUAAUCAUGCAAUCGGGAAGUAUUAUUUAGCCUUUAAAUAAGCUGUAGGAGCUGUCCACCCACCAGAGAAAGUAAUUGUAACACAUCCGAAUGAUUAAAUUUAAUUUUUUCCUUCACUAAUAUCAAUAAAAUAACAGAAAAGUUG